GGGAUCAACCUAGUAUAGCAACGCUCGCUGGUCUCUCCUGUCAGCAACAGAGCUGUGUACUUCGCGAAAGUUUUAAACUAUGGCCACGUCCACCAGCUCCACGCCGACUUCUAGUUCCCUGGCGACGACCGACUACGUCUCUCGUCUCAGCUAUCUCCGGCACCUUGGGUCGAGCUCCGUUCCUGGCCCCAGCGGCGUGGUGGUAUCCGCUUUCCCAGCAACA